AUGGCAUACCCAAAAAAUGUUGGCAUUAAAGCCAUGGAAAUCUAUGUCCCAGCACAGUGUCUGGAUCAAACAUUGUUUGAAAAACAUCAAGGUGUUUCAGCUGGUAAAUAUGCCAUUGGAUUGGGCCUUCAGUAUAUGAACUUUUGUACCGAUAGAGAGGAUGUCUGUUCCCUAGCUCUAACAGCUGUCUCUUCACUCCUCCGAAAAUUUGACAUCGACCCAAAUUCUAUUGGGCGUCUUGAAGUCGGAACUGAAUCACCCAUCGACAAAGCCAAAUCUGUCAAAUCAGUUCUCACCACUUUAUUUGAGCCACAUGGUAAUACAAGUCUCGAAGGAAUCGACACAAUACACGCCUGUUACGGUGGUACGAAUGCUCUGUUCAAUGCGGUCAAUUGGGUAGAGUCUCGUUCAUGGGAUGGUCGAGAUGCCAUUGUUGUUGCAUCCGAUAUAGCCCUCUACAAAGAGGCCGCUUCUCGACCAACUGGAGGAGCUGGUUGUGUUGCUAUGCUUGUUGGUCCAAAUGCACUGCUGUCCCUUGAUCCGGGCUUGAAAGGUGUCUACAUGACUCAUGCUUAUGAUUUCUACAAGCCGGAUACUAAAGUCGAGUUUCCUAUUGUGAACGGCCAUGAAUCUAUUGGUUGUUACAUUGGUGCUUUGGAUGCAUGCCACAAGAAUCUACUUGAGCGAAUUGAGGCUAGAAGCAAACUCAACGGCGAUGAGCCCAGCAGCGUGCCCAAGAAGGUUCUUGAACUUUUUGAUUACAUGGCAUUCCAUACUCCAAACUGCAAAUUAGUGUCUAAAUCCUUCGGUCGUCUCAAGUACAAUGACUGUCUCUUGUCAACUGAUGAUGCUGAAUGGGAAGGUAUUCCCGAUGAACUUCGCAAGUUGAGUUAUUCGGAGUCUCUCAAGGAUAAGACGCUGGAGAAGACUCUUGUAUCAAUCACGAAGGAUGAGUUCAAGAGGAGUGUCGAGCCGUGCAUUGCUGGCCCUUCUUUAUGCGGUAAUAUGUACACAGGAAGUUUGUACUUUUCUCUCAUUAGCUUGAUAAGCAACAUUGAUCUCAAAGCUGCAGAAGGCAAAACCAUCGGCUUGUUCAGUUUUGGAAGUGGCAUUGCCAGCUCGCUUUUUGGCAUGAAAAUUACCGGUGAUCUUACCGAACUGGUCCAAAAAGUCAAUUUGAUGGACCGUCUUAAACAGAGACAUAUCGCGACACCCGAAGAUUACGAAGAGGCUUGUACUCUCCGGAAAAAUGCAUACGGAGCUAAGGAUUUCAAGCCUCUUGGCGAUGUGAACUCCCUGGCACCUGGAACAUACUACCUGGAGAGUGUGAAUGAUGUGUAUAGAAGAACUUACGCCAUAAAGCAGUGA